CAGUAGCUCAAGAAGAACCAAUAAUUGAUCAAGAAGACAUAACCAUAAAAGUUUCAUCUAGAAAUUUUAUUGAUCAAGAUUAUAUUAAUAUUGAAAUAGAAACUACAGAUAAAGAUGAUGAAAAUAAAUUAACCAAUAUUGCUCAAACUAUUGUAUCUAGAGUUAAAGGAAGUAUUUAUUAUAAAAAAACUAUUUCUACUACAAAACCAUACUCUAGAACUAAUUUUCAUUCUAUCUAUUCUAAAGUUACUGAUUUAUUAAAUAAAUUUUUAAACCAAAAUUCAAAUUUAUCUAAACAAACAACUUCCUCAGUUAAUAAUACUAAAAAAAAAUAG